GAGAGGACAGGCGGCUGGCGGGCGUGUGUGGUCUGGCUAACAGCGGUAACUCCUGCUACAUGAACGCUGUGCUGCAGUGUCUCUUCUCCACCGUGCCGCUGGUGGAACACCUCCUCAGCUCACACAGACACACCCAGCUGGCCAAGCGUAACAGUCCUGUAGCGGGGGUGUUUGUGCGCCUCCUCCAGGAGGUGUGGCAGGGUCAGGGGGGUACCAGCUUCACCUCCCCAGGGGAGAUGAGGGCCUUGGUCUCCUCCCUGCACCCCCAGUUCAACAACCAAUCACAGCAGGACGCCCAGGAGCUGCUCCUCCUCCUGCUCAACGCCCUGCAUGACGACCUCAAGGAAAAGGGGGAGAGGCGUCAGACACGUUCUUCCCAGCGGUUGUGUCUGGGCAGGAAGUCCCUCAGCUCGGCGCCAGCGGCGGGGGAUUCUACGGUGGUGACACGUCUCUUCGAGGGACAGCUCAGCUACCAGAUGAUGUGUCUGCGCUGCGACAGACACUCUCACAGCAACCAGGUCUUCACCAUCCUGUCUCUGCCUAUACCAGCUGACUCAUUCAAGUGCUCCCUACAGGACUGCCUGUCGCUGUUCUUCCAGCAGAGUACAUUGACGUGUGGAGACCAGAAGUUGUGUCCAGAGUGUGGAGUGAAGAGAGACACAGCUGUCCUCACCAGCAUGGCCAAACCACCUGAGAUACUGGUGCUGCACCUCAAACGUUUUGGUUGCCAUGGGAGCGAGAAGAGGAAGUUGAGGACCAAUGUGUUGUUCUCAUUGGACAGUUUGGACCUAACCCCCUUCCUGUCAAGCCCCUCAGCCAAUCACACCAGCUACUCUCUCUACGCGGUGGUGAACCACACAGGAGACCUAGACAUGGGUCACUACACAGCCCUGUGCCACAGUACCCUGUCCAGCAGCUGGCACCACUUUGACGACACGGCCGUGAGCGAGGUAGUGGACUUCUUGGUGCAGUCUCCUAACGCCUACAUUCUGCUGUACAGCCGUCAGCCCUUCCACAGAGCCACCAUACCCCGGACCUGACCCACCACAG